AUGAUAAAAUAUAUAUUUUCUAUUUAUUAGUUUUCAAGAAAAGUUCCAUCUCAACUUGCCAAAUAAGUUUAUAUGUAGAAGUUAAGAGAAGAUGAUGAAUUUAAAUAAUUACUUAAGAAAGAUUAACAAACAUCUCUUAAACAAAUAUAAGGAGAUAACUAUAUGCCUGAACCUAAAAGAGGAGAUUCAAGAUUGCCAAGAGUUAAAGAUAAUCUAAAAGAAACAAAUACACAUAUAACUGAAUAGAAAAGAGUAAAAAUAAUUACAAUACGAUAAGCUAGAUUCAGCAUUAAAAUCUCUACAAGUUAAAGAUGAGGAUUCAAAAGCUGUAAUUAAGAAUGCAUUGAAAGAGGAGUUCUUUCUUAUGAAAAAGUUAUCUGAAGAAAAUGCUAAGAUUGAAGAAGAGAUGAAAGUUAAGAAGAGAAAGAAAGAAUUGAAAGAUAUAUUUAAAUAAAUUGAAGAGAUGGAUAUAUAACCUGAUGAUUAAAAUGCAGAAGUAUAUAAAUAUCUUUAAUAUAAUAGUAAAUUCCUUAUUUUAAUAAAUUAUCAAUGGAAGAGAAAUAUGAAAGAAUUGCUGAUUGGAAUAAAAGAUAUGAUGUUUUAGGGAAAGUAGAUCCUUAUCUUUUGUAAAGAGCAAGAACAAGUCAAAAUAUAGAGAAUUUUAUAUAAACUAAUUUUGAAGAAAAUUAAAAAUAUUUUGAUUAAGUAAAAAUAAAAGGAGGUGUAUCUAUUGGUGAGAUUUUAACAAAUAGAGCAUGUACAGUUGUUUGGAUUUAUAUUAAUUUUUUAGAAAAAUUGGAUAAAAAAGAAUAAAAUGAAUAUUUAGAGAAAUUAAAUAAGAAUUCUAAAUAAUUGAGUUGGUAGAUGUGUUAAGAUUUAGGAUUAAAAUAUGGACCAGAUAUUAGAUUUAGUUUAAGUAGAAGAGAAGAAAAGGAAAAUGAAAUAAAAAAGGAAAUGGAUGAAAAUGCUAAGGAAUUAGUUAAAUAAGACUUGAUUGAAAAAUAUUAAGCAGGUGAAAUACCUAGAAAGAUUAAAAAAUCUAAAUUUAAUGAAAUAGUUUAAGAAUUAAAAGAUAAGAAAAUUUAUCUCACUGGAAAAAUUUCAAAUUCUGAAAUACCAUCAUCUAAAAGUAAAGCUGAUGAAAAAGAAAUCCAUAAUAAGAAAAGUAAUUAAAAUUAAAAAUCAUCUGCUGAAAAGUUUUGGGACUAACUUUGA